AUGGUUGGGAAGUCCCUGAUUGCUGGUCUGGUGGUCCUUCUGGUGGCUGCAGUGAGCCUGUUCCUGGGAGUGUUCAUGGGCCUGGGGAAGAAAAACCCGCCUCUCCCUUCAGACCACUUCUACUCAAAGGCCGCAGUGGCUGCUGAUGCUGGAAAGUGUUCAGAAGUGGGGAGGGACAUCCUGAAGAAAAAUGGCUCAGCUGUGGACGCCUCCAUCGCUGCUUUGCUAUGUGUCGGCCUUUUGAACGCUCACAGCAUGGGCAUCGGAGGAGGGCUCUUCUUUGUCAUCUAUAAUGCUUCCACAGGGAAGGUGGAAACCAUCGAUGCAAGGGAGACGGCACCCUUGAACGCCACUGAAGACAUGUUUGGCAACAACACCAAGCUUUCUCGUACAGGUGGAUUGUCCAUCGCUAUUCCAGGGGAGAUCCGUGGGUAUGAGAUGGCACACAAACGGCAUGGCAGGUUGCCAUGGAAGGAGCUGUUUGAACCAAGCAUUGCUUUGGCUCGUGAUGGCUUUCCCAUAGGAAAAGCUUUGGCUCAUGCCCUCUUCAAGAGCAAAGAUUCGAUUCAAGAAGACGCCAACAUGUGUGAGGUAUUUUGUGAUUCCCAAAGAAACAUCCUGAAAGAAAAUGAUAUUGUUAGAUUUCCAAAGCUGGCUGACACAUACCAAAGAAUAGCUGAAGAGGGGCCUGAUGUGUUUUAUAACGGGACAAUGGCACAGAGCAUCGUUGAGGACAUCCAGGCGGCAGGCGGCAUUAUCACCCUGGAUGAUUUGUUAGAGUACCAGCCUGUGCUGAAUGAGAACCCUCUCAGGCUGAACGUUGGGGAAUACACCAUGCACGUCCCAGACGCCCCCUCCAGUGGCCCUGUGCUGGCACUCAUACUGAAUAUAGUGGAUGGAUACAACUUCACCGACACAAGUGUCUCUACGGCAGAGAAAAAGACUCUGACGUACCAUCGCAUCGUAGAAGCUUUUCGUUUUGCUUAUGCCAAGAGAAGCAGACUGGGAGACCCACGUUAUCUCAACAUUACCGAUCUAAUCCAAAACAUGACCUCAGACUACUUUGCGGAUGGCAUAAGGAGCAAAAUUACAGAUGACACCACCCACCCAGACAGCUACUACGAGCCGGACUACUUCGUCCCAGACAACCACGGGACGGCUCACCUGUCGGUCAUAGCAGAGGAUGGCAGUGCUGUGGCAGCCACCAGCACCAUUAAUCUGUACUUUGGUUCAAAAGUCAUGUCCCGAUCGACUGGAAUCAUUUUCAACGAUGAGAUGGAUGAUUUCAGCUCUCCAUACAUGACCAACGGGUUUGGAAUCCCUCCAUCGCCCAACAACUUCAUCCAACCAGGCAAGAGGCCACUGUCUUCUAUGUGUCCUACGAUCAUCUUUGACAAAGAAAACAGAGUGAAAAUGGUUGUAGGAGCAUCCGGAGGCACAAAAAUCACCACAGCUACCGCCUUGGUCAUCCUGAACUCCUUGUUCUUCAACUAUGACCUAAAGAAGGCUGUGACGGAGCCACGAGUUCACAAUCAGCUUAACCCAAAUAUGACAGUGGUGGAGCAGGGCUUUGAAAGGAGUGUCCUGGAGGGUCUGGUCCAGAAGAACCAUGUAACACAGUUGCUGAGCACUCCAGACUCAGUGGUCCAGGCCGUGGUGCGGCAGGGAGAGCGUCUAUGUGCAGAGUCCGACCCCAGAAAAGGAGGCUAUCCAGCGGGAUACUGA